AUGGAGCAGAAGAAAUAUUUCAAGCUGGUCGAUGGAGCUGGCCGCGCUCGAUCCGAGGGUGGGGUGGACUUUUUGGAGCUUCGAGCUGGUGCUGAUGUCGGGGAAUUCCUCGCGAGGCUCCUCUCGUCGAACAUCAAGGUGUUUCCCAACAUGGAGGCGCAGGAGGCAUUGACGGCCGACUCGGGCUUGGAUGGCUACGGAAGGGCAGCGUUCGAGAGAACCCAAGCUAUUCUCCCACCAGGAGUCGCGGCUCAGCACCUCCGAGUGUUUGCGGGCAGCGAGGAGCAGGAAGCUCUGAAUAUCGGCACGGAGCUGGGUGGUCAUGGGGUGAAUCGAUCUGACCCGCUGGUCGUUGAGGUGCCUCGGGUCUGGUUCGAGCUGGUGGAUGAAGGCACUAGUGGUGUAUUCGUUGGUACUAACCCAGCUUCAGUGCCUCUAACGAAGGACGACACCAUUGAAACUCUCCUGAAGGCAUCACCGAUCGGUGAGCGUGGAAAGAUACAGAAGACUGCGUUUGUUGUGAAGGUGCCUGCGCGCGAGGUCGAGAUUAAAGAAACGGAGGAUGAGAGUGUAUUGGAGGAGUUGCAGCUUUACCAAGAGCGAGGGCGGAUGAUCCGCGAAGACUGUCAGGAGUACUGCAACUCCAUUCUGGAUAAAAUCGACGAGUACUAUUUCCGCCCGUCUUCUCCGAUGCAGUUCAUGUGCGUGCAAGGAUCGUCUGGUACGGGGAAGUCGCAGCUAGCUUUUGCGUUGGACGGCCGACGACCAUACUUCUACUGGAUCUCCCGUGAUGUUGACGGGUACUCGCAAAGUAUCUAUCGGACUGUGGCGUCGCUAUCGAACGAGUUUCUUUACUACAUGAGGAAAGACAAACCACAGCUUGAGGAGGAGUGUCAUCUCUUGUACACCCGCUCUAGGUUCUACUCCGGUUCCUGCUUCGAGAAGCGCAAAGCGUACAACGCUACACAUGGACAAUGUGACCUUGACAGCGUCCGAGCUAUCGUCACAGAGAUGAUGGAGGAGGAGAAGAAAAGAGGAACCAAGCUGCCAUUUUUCAUUCUGGAUGAAAUGGCAAUCGACACGAGCGAGGAGCCGGACGUGGCAGCUUUCCAGCAGAACGUGUUCCGCGCCUGCGAUUUGGUGGUGAUUCUCAUGGCCACCGACGCGACGAUCACCGACUUGUAUCAACGGCUACGCUCCGGCAGCUACGCCGACUCGAUACCGUGGAUGUCGAUUGUCCCGAGAUUUCCUAGCUACCAACUCGUGCUGCUUUCGGCCAGCGAACGUCUAGAGUGGUUCAAGGCAGUCGAACGGUACCCAAUUGUGGAAAGCAUUGUGAUGCAUUCGCGCGGGAGGUUCUCGAGGUAUUUCGUGGAGCAAGUCAAACGUAGCGACGUCUACGUGCAAGGUGUGGAGAACAAUAACGAGAAGGCAAUGCUGCUGUUUGAUUGCAAGUGGUGUAACAAGGUCGUCGAUAGCAACGUCAUGAGCGAGAUUCUGAAGGGGCUGGAUGACGCGUGGUCGGGGUGGGAGUUUGUGGUGGUGUUCAUCAAGGAGCUGGCGGGGGUUAUUGGCAUGGAAUGGGAUCGCCCGACCAUUGGUUGUGCCAAAAUCAAGUGCCAGCAGGAUGCAAGAGAAUAA